AACCACACCAUGUCUUCGCUAGCAGAGCGGACACCUUUACUGGAAGCUACGAAUGAAGAGGAGCCGGAGGAGGUAGUCGACACAGUGGGAAUACGACUUCUGCUGGUACAACACUUUUCAAGUGCAUGGGGCGACAGAACCGCGGAAUUUGCGCUUUACCUCUUCCUCAUACUGUACUACAAGGACACGCUUCUUCCCUCGUCGAUUCUUGGCUUUUCCAUGACAUUGACCGGGAUUAUGCUCUCUCAGCGAGCGGGCCACCUCGUCGAUAGAAUACCGAAACUCACGGUUGUGCGGUACUCGAUUAUUGUCCAGAAGCUAUCCGCUUUAUGCGCCUACGCGUGCCUCGCGACUUUGCGCCUAUCCAAUGACCGUUUCUCAGUCGUGUCCUGGUCUAUCUUCAUGUUGUUGGUAUCAUUCGGAUGCCUCCUCCAAUUCUCGAAUACGGCGAUCUCCAUUGCGGUUGAGCGCGACUGGACGACAUGCAUUUCUGGAGGCUCGUCGAUUCGCCUCGGUCGUCUCAACACUUACCUCCGCCAAACCAAUCUCUUUUGCAAGCUGGCUGCCCCACUCUUCGUAUCAUUCUUGACCGUUCGCUAUUCGAGCUUAACCCCUCUCAUUGUUCUUGGCUUUAUCACUGUCGUGACGAUGUUCUUCGAAAUACGCUGGAUUAGCGUUGUGUAUGACCGGUUCCCGAUACUAGAGGCAGAACAACAGAAAAAGGACGCUCAACGUGCCUCCAACUUGGACUCUACCACUGAAGGAAUUGAACCUCAAGAUAGAUCCAUUCUGGAAAUCGUCAAAAGUACACUCAACACACAAGACUGGGGAGAAUUUGUGCGGCUCCCUGUAUUCCUCUCCUCGCUGUCUAUCUCGUUCCUGUACCUCACCGUUUUAUCAUUCGACGGCACAAUGCUAGGCUACCUAAAGACACUCGACUAUAGCGAUGAUUUCCUCGCUGAGAUGCGUGGUCUGUGUGUCAUCACCGGGCUCGUCGGCACGGUGGUCACUGUUCCCCUCGAAAGCAGAAUCGGAUCUGCAAGGGCUGGCAGCUGGAGUAUCUGGUCCAUGGUCUUCUGUUUACUCCCAGUCAUGGCAUCAUUUUAUGUUUUUGGGCCUACCAACCAUCUUGGCGCGUUUCUACUUUUUGGGGGCAUGGCCCUGUCGCGCAUCGGUCUGUGGUCAUUCGACCUAAUUCAGACCAAGCAGCUCCAAGAAGCACUGACCGCUCAUCGCCGUCGAAACACGCUCAUGUCGUUGCAGUUGACCAUGCAGAACAUCGCCGAUCUACUGAAGUACAUACUUACUAUGUUUCUCUCUCGGCCAUCUCAAUUCCCAUAUGCCACCCUCGUCUCGUUCUGCAGUGUCUUGUCCGGGGCUAUGGUAUAUGUGUUGUACCUGAAGAAAGAGCGCGGCCAUAUAUUCCACGUGCCACACAGAACAUCGGAUUUUGACACACUCGAAAAACUUAUUGAUGCUCUCCCGGUUCUUGAUGCAUAUUUCGAGCCCGGACAAGACGACCUACGGAGCUGGCUCAUGCAGUCGAUGAAUAUCGAGCGGAAGCUCAAGCAACUGCAGCUUCCCAAGCCAAAGCUCCCAUUUUUUGCUCGUCGAUGGGCAAAACUCGACCGGAAACUAAAAGACGCAAUUUCGAGCUACCGGCGCCUCUCGUCCCCCAUUCAAAGUCUUCCCAACGAAAUCCUUUGCGAAAUCUUUGCGCAUUGUGUUGCUCAACAAAAGGAAACAAAUAACCUUUCGUUUCCCCUCCUUCGCCUAAUCGAUGUGUGUGCGCAGUGGCGUCGUGUCGCGCGGUCGUCUCCAACGCUGUGGAAUCAUAUUUCGGUGGUAUAUCCGCAUGAAAACAAGGCCAACAAUCGCUCCCUCUCUCCGUGGACGAGCCAAGAGCCCCGCGCCAAAGUACACCGUGACUCAGACCCCAUUACCCCCACAAUUCGACGAGCAUUGCAACAUCUCCGAAAUUCCGGUCCGGUUGUCCCGCUAUCGGUGCAUUGGGGUCAAGAUAGCGCAGUAACAGCAAAGUUUGUGAAAGAAGUUCACUAUUCAUUAUUUCUCGAUAUGCUUCUUGAAAGGUCUGCACGAUGGGGAAGUUUGAGCGUCGCUCUCAACAUCGAUGAAUUCUCCGCCUUCCUUGAAAAGGCCUGCCGGCCCGGGGUCGAUUUCCCGAAUCUUCGGGUUUUCAAAGCACGCUCCCGCGUUCCUUAUGGAGAGCCAUGGCGGCCCUUUCCUUAUGACAGGCUUAUCGACCUUUUUCCAGCACUCACUCAUCUCCGGAUCGAAGCCUUCCGAGAGUCCGUUUCCCUGAGCAGAGAUUUUGCGCCGUGGAGUCGUCUCCGUCACUGUGAACUCACUUUGUGCCAAGGGACUGAGCACAUGGACUUCGCCCCGGACACGCGUAUCACGGCAGUAAACAUCCAUACCGCUCUGAGUGUCGUGGAGAUGGCUGAAUGCCCGGACCCUUUUGCUGCUGCAUUCCUCAGAGCGGUCAGUGCACCAAAUCUCACCAAACUCCGUAUUGGCCCACGACUUGGUGGUUGGCUUGACGGUAUAUCGGAAUCCUCUAGUCUCGUGCUUUCGUUCAUCGAGCGGUCCUCUUGUAGGCUGGUUGAACUCGGCCUGGAUAUACAUCCUUCACGAGACAAUUACUUUUGGCCAUAUUUGGUGCAGUUGACGCAGUCCAAACACAUGAUUUCUCUCAUCCGACUCGACCUCGCCCUGGCCCCAAUAGUCCCACGGCUUGUUGGAUUGUUGAGCUCUCAACCAGAAUCGUGGAGCCAGCUUCGGACUUUACGCGUCCGUUAUUGGCCCUCUGCCCCGCACAAGCUCGAUGAUGCUGCCCUGUUCGCGUUACAAGCCAGUCGGCCAAAGUUACAAACAUUGUGGCUCGAUGCCCGUUUUGUUGAUUUCUCCAAAACAACAAUCCCCUCUCUGAGAAGUGCUGGGCUGAGAAUCAUAGUGGCUCGACAAAAUGGGGAACAUUUCUGGGAAUUAUAG